UAGGGCUGUGCUUUGGCGGCUGUGGCUCCAGCUGAUUAGCCGGAGCUGCCGCAGUGAAAGAGAGAGAGGGAGACACUACAGUCCCCCCCUCCCUUCGUGCCGACGCUCCGCGCCGAAGAUGAUAACUCCAAUUUCGAGGAGCCUCUGGAGAAGCCUUGGUCCCGGCGAGCGGAUGCUCAGCGACACCCCCUGCGGCCGGGCUUCCAGGGCCAGGACCUGCCCUGUCUAGGCUGGUUCUUCAGCAGGGCGUUGACAGCGCUGGCCAAGUCUGAGGCAGUGGCUUCAUGCCUCAACUCUCCUGCCAAAACCAACUCCAUGGAGAAAAAGCUUCAUAUUAAAAGCAAAUAACUAGUUGAAACUCAAGACAAAUGUCACAAGAUGGAGCAGGAGAUCUCUAGGUUUCAGCUCAAGAUGACUGACCUGGAGUCAGUUCUGCACCAAAAGGAUGUGGAGCUUAAGGCCUCUGAGACCCAGAGGACCAUCCUGGAGCAGGACCUGGCCACCUACAUCACAGAGUGCAGCAGCUUAAAGCACAGCCUGGAGGCAGCCCGUGUGGAGGUGUCUCAGGAGGAUGACAAGGCUCUGCAGCUGUUGCAUGACAUCAGAGAGCAGAGCAACAAGAUGCAGGAGAUCAAGGAACAGGAGUACCAUGCCCAGCUGGAGGAGAUGCAGGUCACUAUCAGGCAGCUGGAAGAGGACCUGUCGGCCGCCCGGCGCCGUAGUGACCUGUACGAGUCAGAGCUUCGAGACUCCCGGAACACCAGCGAGGAACUCAAGAGGAAGGCUGUGGACUACCAGCAGAGAAUCCAGAAGGCGAAGGAGCAAGGGAAAGCAGAGGUAGAGGAGCUUCUUUCCAAACUGGAGAAGACCAAUGCUGAACAGCAAGUGAAAAUCCAGGAACUCCAAGACAAACUUUCCAAGGCAGUGAAAGCCAGCACAGAAGCCACAGAGCUGUUGCAGAACAUCCGGCAUGCUAAAGAACGUCUGGAGCGGGAGCUGGAGCGCCUGCGAGGCAAGGCCGACCCCAGCGACACCCUCCGACGACGUCUAAGAGAGACCGAGGAGGGUAAGAAGACCCUGGAGAACCAGGUGAAGCGUCUGGAGAUGGUGGAGCGGAGGGAGAACAAGCUGAAGGACGAUAUCCAGACCAAAUCCCAGCAGAUCCAGCAGAUGGCUGAUAAGAUCCUGGAGCUGGAGGAGAACCUGAGGGAGACCCAGUCCACAGCCCAGCGGAUGGAGGCUCACCUGGUGCAGAAGGAGAGGCUCUACGAGGACAAAAUGAAGGUCCUUGAGGCCCAGAUGAAGGUGGACCUGGCAGAGAAGGAGAGCUUGGAGUCCAAACGGGCCCAGCACCAGGAAGAGGCCCGGGAGAAGUGCAAGCUCCUCAGUGAACAGAAAGCAACCAUCAACGCUAUGGACUCCAAGAUGAAGAAUCUGGAACAACGGAUCGACGAACUCUCCGAGGCCAACAAGCUAGCCACUAACAGUAGCAUCUAUACCCAGAAAAACAUGAAAGCCCAGGAGGAGAUGAUCUCGGAGCUGAGGCAGCAGAAGUUCUACCUUGAGUCCCAGGCGGGGAAGCUGGAGGCCCAGAACGCCAAGCUGGAGGAGCACCUUGAGAAGAUGAACCAGCAGGAGCAGAGCAAGAGGAGCCGUCUGCUGGAGAUGGAGACCAGGCUCCGAGAGAUGGGCCUGGAGCACGAGGAGCAGAAGCUGGAGAUCAAGCGUCAGGUGACGGAGCUGACAUUGUCGCUGCAGGAGCGGGAGUCCCAGAUCAGCGGGCUGCAGGCGGCACGCCACGCCCUGGAGAGCCAGCUGCAGCAGGCCAAGACAGAGCUGGAGGACACCACCGCCGAGGCCGAGGAGGAGAUCACUGCCCUCAGGGCUCACAGAGAUGAAAUCCAACGCAAGUUUGACGCCCUGAGAGACAGUUGCUCAGUGAUCACAGACCUGGAGGAGCAGCUGACCCAGCUGAGCCAGGAGAACGCCGAGCUGAACAGACAGAACUUUUACCUAUCCAAGCAGCUGGAUGAGGCCUCGGACGAGACGGACGACCGCCUGCAGCUGGGACAGGACGUGGACAGCCUCCGCCGCGAGGUGGCCGACCGAGAGAUGCACCUCAACAACCAGAAACAGAACAUUGAGACUCUGAAGACAACGUGCAGCAUGCUGGAGGAACAGGUUGUGGAGCUGGAGAGCAUGAAUGAUGAGCUGCUGGAGAAAGAGAGACAGUGGGAGGCCUGGAGGGGAGCCCUGGAGGACGAGAAGAACCAGGCCGAGAGGAGGACCCGAGACAUGCAGCGCCUGAUGGACAACGAGAAGCAGAACAGGCUGCGUGCGGACCAGCGCAGUACCCAGUCUCGCCAGGCGGUGGAGCUAGCAGUCAGGGAGCACAAGGCGGAGAUCUCGUCUCUGCAGCAAGCUCUGAAAGAACAGAGACUGAAGGCUGAGAGUCUCUCUGAUAUGCUGAAUGACCUGGAGAAGAAGCACACCAUGCUGGAGAUGAACGCCCGCACCCUGCAGCAGAAACUGGAGACAGAGAGGGAGCUGAAGCAGAGGCUGAUGGAUGAGCAAGGCAAGCUGCAGCAGCAGAUGGACCUACAGAAGAGCCACAUCUUCCGUCUGACCCAGGGCCUGCAGGAUGCUCUGGAUCAGACUGACCUGCUGAAGACUGAGAGGACCGACCUGGAGUACCAGCUGGAGAACAUUCAGGCUGUCUAUUCUCAUGAGAAAGUCAAGAUGGAGGGCACCAUUUCUCAGCAGACCAAACUGAUUGACUUCCUACAGGCCAAAAUGGACCAGCCCACCAAGAAGAAGAAGGGUAUCUUUGGCCGUCGCCGUGAGGAGCUGGGGUCCAAUGGGAACGGUGCUGGGGGAUCCGGGGCCCAGGCUCAGCCGGCGCUGCCCAUGCAGUACAGUGACAUGAAGGUGGCCCUGGAGAAGGAGAGGACACGCUGCUCAGACCUGGAGGAGGCCCUGCAGAAGAUGAGGAUAGAGCUGAGAUCACUAAGAGAAGAGGCGGCCCAUUUCAAAGCCUCAGAGCAUGCCCCGGCCAUGCCUGCCUCUUCCCGCCAGCAGAUCCUCAUGUCGGCCAUCGUCAAGUCCCCUGAGCUCCAGCCCAACCCCAGCAGCCUCCUUGCCCGCUGCAAGGAGAGCUCCACUCCAGAGGAGAAGCGAAGAGUAACUUUUGAAAAGUAUGGGCGUCGUGUGAAGGAGAGGAUGCACCACAACAUCCCCCAUCGUUUCACCGUAGGACUCAACAUGAGGGCCACCAAGUGUGCUGUCUGCCUGGACACCGUGCACUUUGGACGCCAGGCCGCCACCUGCCUAGAGUGCCACACCAUGUGCCACCCCAAGUGCUCGCCCAGCCUUCCUGCCACGUGCGGCCUGCCGGCGGAGUAUGCUACCCACUUCUCAGAGGCGUUGUGUCGGGAGAAGGCCAACUCCCCUGCCCUUCAGCUCAAAGAGGCCACUGGCCACGUACGCCUGGAGGGCUGGAUGAAACAACCCAGGAACUCCAGGCGAGGUCAGCAAGGCUGGGAGAGGAAGUACGUGGUGCUGGAUGGGACCAAGGUGUCCAUCUAUGAUUCUGAACCCAGAGAAGACUCUCUGAAGCCAGAGGAGGAGUUUGAGCUGUGUCUCCCUGACGGAGAGGUGACCAUCCAUGGAGCUGUGGGAGCCUCGGAGCUCAUCAACACGGCUAAGUCAGACAUCCCAUACAUCCUAAAGCUGGAGUCUCACCCCCACACCACCUGUUGGCCCGGCCAGUCCCUAUACUUCAUGGCUCCCAGCUUCCCAGACAAGCAGCGCUGGGUAGCUGUCCUGGAGUCAGUCGUAGCUGGCAGCAGGGGCUCCAAGGACAAGGUGGAGGCUGACACGACAGCUGUUCCUAAAAGACAGAAGAACCUCUCCCCAUUGGUCCAGAAACUUCUAGGGAAUUCUCUGCUGAAGCUGGAGGGAGACGACCGGCUGGACAUUAACUGCACCCUGCCCCUCACUGACCAGAUAGUGUUGGUUGGCUCUGAGGAGGGCCUGUAUGCCCUGAACGUCAUUAAGAACAGCCUGACUCACAUCCCCGGGCUGGCCUCCGUCUUCCAGAUCCGGAUCCUCAAGGAGCACGACAAGCUGCUCAUAAUUACUGGAGAGGAGCGGGCCCUGUGUCUGGUGGAGAUCAAGAAGGUGAAGCAGUCUCUGUCUCAGUCCCACCUCCCGGCCCAGCCAGAUCUCAGCCCAUACAUCUUUGAGACGGUCAAGGGAUGCCACCUCUUCUCCUCUGGCAAGAUUGAGAAUGGCACGUGUAUAUGUGCCGCUAUGCCCAACAAGAUCACCAUCCUGCGCUACAACGACAGCCUCAAGAAGUUCUGCAUCAAGAAGGAGAUUGAGACGUUAGAGCCCUGCAGCUGUAUCCACUUCACAGGCUACAGCAUCAUCAUCGGCACCAACAGGUUCUACGAGAUCGAGAUGAAGCAGUACAUACUGGAAGAGUUCCUGGAUAAGAACGAUGUGACUUUAGCCUCGGCCGUCUUUGCGGCCUCCUCCCACAGUUUCCCCAUCUCCAUCAUCCAGGUCACCCAGGCACCGCAGAAAGACGAGUACCUGCUCUGCUUCCACGAGUUUGGGGUGUUUGUGGACGAGUACGGCCGCAGGAGUCGAAGUGAGGACAUCAAAUGGAGCCGUCUGCCGCUCUCAUUUGCCUACAGAGAACCCUACCUGUUUGUGACCUAUUUCAACUCGUUGGAUGUGAUUGAGGUCCAGGGCCACUCUGCUCUAGGGGCCCACUCGUACGCUCACCUAGACAUCCCCAACCCGCGCUACCUGGGCCCAGCCAUCUCCUCUGGGGCCAUUUACCUGGCUUCGUCCUACCAGAACAAGCUACGGGUCAUCUGCUGUAAGGGGAACCUGGGACAGGAGGGGGAGCUGCAGAGGAAUGGCUCUGGACACAGCCCCAACAAGCGUGGGCCGCCCUCCUACAACGAGCACAUCACCAAGCGCCUGGCGGCCAGCCCCGCGUUGCACGGUGACCCGGGCACGCCACACCGCUACCGCGAGGCCCGCACCGAGUUCCGCCGCGACAAGUCGCCCGGCCGCCGGCCACACUCGGUGGAGAGGGAAAAGUCUCCCAGUGGCAGGAUGAUGAUGGACCCCCGUCUGGCCAGGUCUCCAGGGAGAGCCUUGGGGGGGGACCCACGCCUCGGUCGCUCCCCAGGGAGGUUGAUGGACCGGGACGUGAGGAGGGAGAGGUCGCCGGGACAGGGGUUUGAGGAGCAGCAGCAUGGAGUUCGCCAGAGACUCCACACCAGCUCCGGUCGCACACCCCUCACCACGGUCAACAAGGUGUGGGAUCAAUCAUCUGUUUGAGUGACAGCAAUGUCACACCAGUCAGAAGAGUGACAUCCCCAGCACAGCACAGGACUCAGUUCUUCCCCGGGUUAGGGAAUAGCAGGUGGAUCAGAAUACUGCAUCACCCAGAGAGCCCAAUAGGAAAAGCAGCUAAAGCGUUGAAGACCCACUGUCAAUGCUGAAUGUCAUAACUAUGGGAUUUUACUAGAAUAAAUCAUGGUUAAUGCAAUGUUGAUA